AUGGAAGGGACACUGACGGCCCGGGACAAGGUCGGGGUGCAGGAUUUUGUGCUGCUGGAUGCACACACCAGUGAAUCUGCCUUUGUGGACAAUCUUCGCCAGCGUUUCAGCAAGAACCUCAUAUAUACCUACAUUGGGACGCUCCUUGUGUCUGUGAAUCCAUACCAGGAGCUUGGGAUCUACACUGUGAGCCAGAUGGAACUCUACCAAGGGGUCAAUUUCUUUGAACUGCCACCUCAUGUCUAUGCCAUCGCUGACAAUGCUUACCGUACGAUGUGCUCCGAGCUGAACAACCACUUCAUCCUCAUUUCUGGAGAGAGCGGAGCAGGGAAAACAGAGGCCUCCAAGAAGAUCCUCCAGUACUUUGCAGUGACCUGCCCAAUGACUGGGUCACUGCAAAUCGCCCGUGACAGGCUGCUGCUCUCCACCCCAGUGCUUGAGGCUUUUGGAAAUGCCAAGACCCUCCAGAAUGACAACUCCAGCAGAUUUGGAAAAUACAUGGACAUACAGUUCGACUUUCAGGGUGUUCCCGUAGGCGGGCAUAUCAUCGGUUACUUGAUAGAAAAGUCCCGAGUCGUCUAUCAGAACGAGGGGGAGCGGAAUUUCCACGUCUUCUACCAGCUGCUGGCGGGUGGUGAAGCGGAGCGCCUCGCUUACCUGGGGCUCCAGCGAGAUCCCCAGCUGUACAAAUACCUCUCGCAGGGUCAUUGUGCCAAAGACACAUCUAUCAAUGACAAGAAUGACUGGAAAGCCGUUUCCAGCGCCUUUUCUGUCAUCGAUUUUAAUGACGCUGACCUGGAGAGCCUCUUUGGAAUUAUUGGCAGUGUCCUGCACCUGGGGAACAUUUGUUUUGAGGAAGAUGAGCAAGGCUGUGCCAUCAUCCCAGACACUCAUGAGAUUAAAUGGAUCGCCAAGCUCCUGGGGGUCCACCCAUCAGUUCUUCUGGAAGCCCUCACCCACAGAAAGAUCGAAGCCAAAACGGAGGAGGUGAUAUGCCCGCUGACCGUAGCACUCUCUGUCUACGCUAGGGAUGCAAUGGCCAAGGCUAUGUACGGACGAACAUUUACCUGGCUGGUGAACAAAAUCAACUCCUCCUUAGUUAACAAGGAUUUCACCCAAAAAACUGGGAUUGGACUGCUGGAUAUAUAUGGUUUUGAAGUCUUCGACAAGAAUGGCUUUGAACAGUUCUGCAUAAAUUACUGCAAUGAGAAGCUCCAGCAGCUGCUGACAGAGCGGACUCUGCAAGCCGAACAGGCAGAGUACGAGGCGGAAGGCAUCCAGUGGGAGCCAAUUCAGUACUUCAACAACAAGAUCAUCUGUGAUUUGGUAGAGGAGAGACACAAAGGAAUCAUAUCCAUUCUGGAUGAAGAGUGUAUCCGUCCAGGUCCUGCUACAGACUUCAGCUUCCUGGAGAAACUGGAGGAGAAAGUGGGCAACCACGCACACUUCCAAACCCGGAAGCUGGCUGGCCCCAAGGGCAGAAGGAGGAUUGGCUGGAUGGAGUUCCGGCUCCUCCACUACGCGGGAGAGGUCACCUACUGCACCAAGGGAUUCUUGGAAAAAAACAAUGAUCUCCUUUACAGACACCUGAAAGAAGUGCUGUGCAGCUCCAAGAACAGCAUCCUGAGGGAGUGCUUCCUGGUGACCGAGCUAGAAAACCGGAGAAGGCCACCAACGGUGGCGACUCAGUUUAAGAACAGCCUGAGCAGCCUCUUGGAAAUUCUCAUCUCCAAGGAGCCCUCAUACAUCCGCUGCAUCAAGCCCAACGCGAGGAAAGAACCCAGCAAGUUUGAUGACUUCCUCAUAAGACAUCAGAUCAAGUACCUGGGGCUAAUGGAGCACCUUCGGGUGAGACGGGCGGGCUUUGCAUACCGGCGGAAGUAUGAGCACUUCUUACAACGGUACAAGUCCUUGUGCCCAGACACCUGGCCACACUGGCAUGGGCCCCCAGGAGAGGGUGUAGAACGACUGAUCAGGUACAUCGGCUACAAACCCGAAGAGUACAAGUUAGGGAAAACCAAGAUAUUCAUUCGUUUCCCCAGAACUCUGUUUGCUACUGAAGAUGCCUUUGAAUUUAGUAAACAUCAACUAGUUGCGAGAAUCCAAGCCACAUACAAAGGCUGCCUAGGAAGAAGAGAAUAUGUGAGAAAAAGACAAGCAGCCACCAAACUGGAAGCCCACUGGCGUGGAGCCCUGGCUCGGAAGGAGAUCAAGAGGAGAAAGUGGGCUGUGCAGAUAAUAAGAAGGUUCAUCACGGGAUUCAUCAAUCGCUACAAACCCCUUUGUCCUGACAAUGAGGAGUUCAUAGUGUUCGUGCGGAGGAAUUACAUCCUGAACCUGCGGUAUCACGUUCCAAAGGACGUGUUGGACAAGAGCUGGCUGAGGCCUCCUGGCAUCUUGGAAAACGCUUCAGAUCUGCUCAGGAAAAUGUGCACCAGGAACCUGGUUCGGAAGUACUGCCGUGGGGUCACUGCUGAGUGGAAAGCCAUGAUGCAGCAAAAGGUGGUUGCAAGUGAAAUAUUCAGGGGAAAGAAAGAAGGCUAUGCACAAAGUUUAAACCAGCCCUUUGCCAACAGUCGGAUAGAUGAAGGAGACAUUAAUCCCAAAGUGCUUCAAUUAAUUGGCAGUGAGAAAAUCCAGUAUGGGGUCCCAGUCAUCAAGUAUGACAGGAAAGGCUUUAAGGCGCGGCAACGGCAACUCAUCCUUACUCAGAAAGCAGCUUACGUGGUAGAACUUGCCAAAGUCAAGCAGAAAAUAGAGUACUCAGCACUCAAAGGUGUCUCUACUAGCAAUCUGAGUGAUGGAAUCUUGGUCAUUCAUGUUUCCCCAGAGGACCACAAGCAAAAGGGGGACGCCAUCUUACAAUGUGAGCAUGUAUUUGAAGCAGUUACUAAACUUGUCAUGCUGGUUAAGGAGGAGAAUGUUGUACAUGUUGUUCAAGGAAGCUUACAGUUUUAUAUCAGUCCUGGAAAAGAAGGCACAAUAGUUUUCGACUCUGGAUCAGAAGAACAAGUUUAUAAAGAUAAAAAUGGACAGCUAACAGUGGUGUCAGUCCGGAGGAAGUCCUGAUAGAGGAUGACAUCUGACCUCUACCAUCACCAUUUCUGUUCUGAGGAAAGUACCAGGAGAAGCAGAAUUUGAUCCAGUUAGCUACAUCUUCAGGGAAAAUGCCAGCGGCUCUUGGAAAAGGACCACACCUGAGGAAACCGAGUGAUGUGUUCCACCAAAGCCUGACCCCAGCUUUUCAGUGGCCAGAGUCACUAUAAUAAAAUGUCUUCUUCAGGGACCCAAGCUCCACUUGUCCAAAGGAUGGUUUUAAAUGUCCCCAGCACGACCUACAUG